GUUUUUGUUUGCCGGGAAGGAGCAGCGAGGCAGCGUCUCUCCCUUCACUUACUUCAUAAUUUUUUCCUACAUUUCCCACCAAAAUGUCAGAUAAUGAGGAUGCGGUAGAACCAAUGGAAGUUGGGGAGAACUCCAACGAGUCAUCAUCAGCGGAGACGACAUCCUCGAGCAAAGCUGGUGGAGAAUAUGAGAACAAGAUGGAGACAGAUCGGUCCAAGAGGUUUGACUAUCUCCUAAAGCAGACAGAGAUCUUCUCUCACUUCAUGGUUGGUGCCAGAGACAAGACUCCAUCCUCCCCCCUCAAAUGUAAACCUGGACGUCCAAAGAAAGCAGAAAAUCGCAAGCCAUCCAUCACGGGCGACCAGCAGGGCAUCUCCAACCAGCUAUUGGAGCACAAAGCUCUCGCAGGCCGCGUGAAGAAGUUAACGUCUGCAGCCGCUGACCAUCGUCACCGCAUGACAGAACAGGAAGAGGAUGAGGAACUGCUUGCCGAAUCUAAUAAAUCCUCCAAGAUAAUCACCCGUUUUGAGGAGAGCCCAAGCUACAUUAUCAAUGGUGAGAUGAGGGACUACCAGAUCCGAGGCCUCAACUGGAUGAUUGACUUGUAUGAAAAUGGAAUUAACGGUAUUCUUGCAGAUGAGAUGGGUCUUGGCAAAACACUUCAAACUAUCUCCCUGCUUGGGUACAUGAAGCAUUUCCGCAACAUUCCUGGACCACACAUGGUUAUUGUUCCUAAGUCAACGCUCCGUAAUUGGGAGAAUGAGUUCAAGAGGUGGUGUCCUUCCCUGCGUGCUGUAUGUCUCAUUGGUGACCAAGAAACUAGGUCUACGUUCAUCCGUGAGGUGAUGAUGCCAGGGGAAUGGGAUGUUUGCAUUACCUCCUAUGAGAUGUGCAUUCGUGAGAAGUCUGUGUUUAAGAAAUUCAAUUGGAGGUACAUGGUCAUAGAUGAGGCUCACCGUAUCAAGAAUGAGAAGAGCAAACUUUCUGAGAUUGUGCGUGAGUUCCGGACCACCAAUCGCCUCUUGUUGACAGGAACUCCCUUACAGAAUAACCUUCAUGAACUGUGGUCACUGCUCAAUUUCUUACUUCCUGAAGUCUUUAGUUCCUCUGAGGAUUUUGACUCAUGGUUUAACACCAAUAACUGCUUGGGUGAUUCCUCCUUGGUUGAACGUCUGCAUGCUGUACUGAGGCCCUUUUUACUGCGUAGGCUUAAAUCUGAUGUAGAAAAGCGUCUCUUGCCUAAGAAGGAGACAAAGGUUUACAUCCAGCUGUCUAAGAUGCAGCGUGACUGGUACACAAAGAUCUUAAUGAAGGACAUUGACAUUGUGAAUGGUGCUGGUCGCACAGAGAAGAUGCGUCUGCAGAACAUUCUCAUGCAGUUGCGCAAGUGCUGUAACCACCCUUAUCUUUUUGAUGGAGCAGAGCCUGGCCCACCAUACACAACUGAUUACCAUUUGGUGGAGAAUGCUGGCAAAAUGGUUGUACUUGACAAGCUUCUUCCCAAGCUGAAGGAAAUGGGAUCGCGUGUGCUGCUGUUUUCCCAGAUGACACGUAUGUUAGAUAUCUUGGAAGACUACUGUGUCUGGCGGAAGCAUUUAUAUUGUCGCAUUGAUGGUCAGACGGCACAUGAAGAUCGACAGAGACAGAUUGACGAGUUUAAUAUGCCUGAGUCAGAAAAGUUCCUGUUCAUGUUGUCAACCCGUGCUGGAGGUCUUGGUAUUAACUUAGCCACUGCAGACAUUGUCAUCCUUUUUGACUCUGACUGGAACCCACAAAUGGAUUUACAGGCUAUGGACAGAGCUCAUCGUAUUGGUCAGAAGAAGCAGGUGAAGGUGUUCCGUUUCAUCCAGGAGAACUCAAUGGAGGAGAAACUUGUUGAGCGUGCAGAAGUGAAGCUCCGCCUAGACAAGAUGGUUAUUCAACAAGGUCGUUUGAUGGAUAACAAGAGUAAUGCAUUGGCUAAGGAUGAGAUGUUGGCUAUGAUUAGACAUGGCGCCAAUGAAGUGUUCAAGGGCAAAGAUGAUGAGUUCACUGAUGAAGACAUUGAUGCUAUCAUUGGCAGGGGAGAAGAGAGGACAGAGGAAUUGAAUAAAAAGCUGGAGGCUCUUGGGGAGUCAUCACUUCGUCAGUUUACACUUGAUGUCCCUACCAACUCUGUCUACCAGUUCGAGGGAGAAGAUUACAGGAACAAACAGAAGGCAAUUGUUGGUAUGUGGAUUGAACCCCCUAAACGAGAGAGGAAGGCCAAUUAUGCUGUGGAUGCCUAUUUCAGGGAAGCACUUAGAGUGUCAGAGCCAAAGGCACCCAAGCCCAAUUGGAGAGGAGCACCCCGGCCACCCAAGCAACCAGUGGUUCAGGACUUCCAGUUUUUCCCGCCCAGACUGUUUGAACUGCUAGACAAGGAAAUUUACUUCUACCGCAAGACUGUGAGCUACAAGGUCCCCAAGAAUCCAGAGUUUAUGGCUGAAGCUGCCCGCAUCCAGAAAGAGGAACAGCAGAAGAUCGAUGAAGCAGAGCCAGUGACGGAAGAGGAGAUGGAGGAGCGGGACAGUCUUCUCACACAAGGUUUUCUCAAUUGGAGUAAGAGAGACUUCAAUCAGUUCAUCAAAGCCAAUGAAAAGUUUGGUCGAGACGAUAUUGAAAACAUUGCUAAGGAAGUUGAGGGUAAAACUCCUGAUGAGGUGAUGGAAUACUCGGCAGUCUUCUGGGAACGUUGUUCAGAGCUUCAAGACUGUGAUCGCAUUCUGGCACAAAUUGAGAGGGGCGAGGCAAAAAUUCAGCGUAGGGCAUCAAUUAAAAAAGCUUUGGAUGCUAAGAUGGCACGUUACAGAGCUCCAUUCCAUCAGCUCCGUAUCUCAUAUGGAACUAACAAAGGAAAGAAUUACACUGAAGAGGAGGACCGUUUCCUUGUGUGUAUGCUACACAAACUGGGCUUCGAUAAAGAGAAUGUAUAUGAGGAGUUGAGAGCGGCUGUCAGGUCUGCACCCCAAUUCCGUUUUGAUUGGUUCAUCAAAAGUCGUACAGCAUUGGAACUCCAGCGUCGGUGCAAUACAUUAAUUACUCUCAUUGAACGUGAAAAUCAAGAACUAGAAGAAAAAGAGCGUGCUGAGAGAAAGAAGGGAAGGCCCAGAGGAUUGUACAUCAAGUCAGGAAAACGGGCUGGAGGUACUCAAGAUGGCCGUGGUAGACGAAAGAAGAAGGCUGAAUGAAUGUGAAUUUUCUUUUCUUUGUGUUUGACCAUUUAAAAUGGGAUGAUUUAGUGAAUCUUUAUAGGCCUGAGCAGUUGGGAAAAUAGAUUAAAAAAGGAAGCUAAAUUAUUAGAUUUAUUUUUUACUACUGCCACCUAAAGGAUAUGAAAUUACUGCUCGAGUACAGUAUUUUAAAGUGGAAAUUUCAUAACGACCAAGUACUCGUAUAACUUAAACAUCUUAUCAACCACUACUUAAUGCUGUUCUAAAAAUGGGUGUUUUAUAGUAGCAUGUUUUGACAAAGUUUUGAUAAUGUAUGUAUUGUCUUCUGUACAAUAUUAUUAUCCAUGAAAUGGGUAGUUGAAAAAGCCAAAUGUUUGUAUCACCGCUAUCUUCAUGUAGGAUGGAUGGUUGUUGCCUAGUAAUAUCUACUGCUCAAAUGGUUGACAGUUCACUUCACAAAGUACUGUAUAUAUUUUCUGGCAAAGGUUUUUAUGGAAUUAUACCUUCAUUUAAAUUAUUAGUGAAAUCUCUUACAAUCCUCUCAUUGAAGGUACCUAGAGAGGAAUUGUUUUCAUGUAUGUGUAAUAUUUGGUGCCACUGCAAAGAUCCUCAUCCAAGUGGAAAUGGUUUUGUUCACCAGUUGUUACUUGGCAUGAUCCUUGUAUAUCAAGUUUGUAUUUCUCGACCAUCUUGUUUGCUCAGGUAUGAAGUUUAAUAGGUAUCCUCUUAAGUGUGAGUGAAUAUUAGCAACUUGUCAUUUUCUUUUAAUAAGAAUAAUUAAGUAAAGAGUUUUUCAUUUGUUACAGUUUAUUAUCUUCAUGUGCUGUUCUUAUCAGUAACAUUCCACACAAUGGAUUUUGUGAUUUGAAAACAUUCAACAGUUGCAUGGCCCCUUGGUGAUGAUUUUCUAAAUCCUGAGGUGUUUAGAUAUUACAGCAUGAACAUGUGAAACAGUGCACAAUAUUCAUGGUAAUAAUUGUAUGUCCAGGAUGUCUGUAAUAAUGUUUUAGAUAAAGUACAAUAAUAAUGUAUAAUGCUUAGAAUUGUUUUUUAAUAAACUUGUAUAAAAUA